AUGGUUAAACUAUAUGUUCUCUCGUUCUUUGCCAUUCUUCUGUUUUGCAACUCAUUUUCCGGAGCUAUUCCAUUUAAGGCUCAAAAAUCAAUCGGAAAUUAUGAGUAUCCAAAAGAUAUCCAUAUUCCGGAAAAUAUCACUGUUCCAGAGGGCAAUUGUUUUAAAUUUCAUUUAUACGUUAGUGGAUAUAUCUGGUAUAAAUGUACCAAUAAUCAAUGGGAAGGUCGUGUAUUAUUUUUCAAUCAUAAUGAAGAUAUAUCCUCCUACCCCGAUUCAGCCGUGGCUUCAACAUACGCUGUUCCUGCUCCAGGCAUGUCUAUUAUUCCAGAAUGCGAUACUUCGUCAAUGAUUUCAACCUCCGUUGCUACCGUCCCGUCAUCCGACCCAGAUAAAGAUUUUCCCUGGGGACUUGAAAAAGCUCACGAUAAUAAAGGAAAAGGGGCGCUUGAAGAUAUUACCUAUGUCGUUCGUGUCAAUACUAAAGGCGGUGCCGCUCCAUCAAAUUCACUAU